AUGGUGACAUUGAUGCCGUGUAGCUACCUCAGCGGCGGGUCCCCGCGAUGCAGUUUGGACACAGAGCCCAAGACUAAACGACCAAGAUCGGAUACAGGCACAGAUGUUAGAUUACAAAGCGAAGCCGCUAGUCCUGGAUCAGAAUCAACAUCAGACUCCCCACCAUCCUUGCUCCAGGAUGCAAACCUUCCCGCACUGCUAGCCACCACCUACCCCAACACAUCCACCAGCUCGCUAACCGGUGACGUCCUAGGCUUGUCUGAGGUGGAAAAUCUCAACGGAUGCCCCAGCACAUUGCCACUGCCAUUGACCUCGACUGGCCUUUCCACCUCCACGUCUGCUGUCGCUUGGUUGAUGAAUGAAGAUAGUACGGGUGGUGGUGUGAAGAGCGAAGUCCGAAGUCCAGGUCUUUGUGACGCGGACGUCGCCUUGUACGGGGAGACUCUGCCGUACGACCAGUCCGCGUUGUCUUAUCAGUAUUAUAAUAGUAUGCAACAAUAUGGCGGUGGAGGCGCUGCAUCAUCUUACGUCAGUUCGUCCUUGUACAACCAGCCCUAUGGCGCUUACCCAACUGCGCACAAUUCUAAUAAUAGGCCGUCGUGCAAAGCGACGCCAACGUACCUAAGUGCUUACGGCGUGGGCGGUGUCGGUACAGUGCCCAGCACAGGCUUCGGAACCCAACCAUCACCCUAUGCGUAUUCUUCGUAUAACAGCGGACUGGCGCAGUCAUUUUCAAAUACCCAACAGGACUACGGAAGUUACGCAACCGGCUAUGCAGAUCAUAGCGUUGCCCAAUAUGGCGGGUACUACGCAACCCCUAGUUAUUCACCCUACGUUAGUUCACCAAGCAGCAGCGGUAGCGCAGGACACACGUCUUAUCACCUCGGCGGUACUUUAGCAGAUUCACCGUCAACAAUGCUUCCAUCAAUUAAUGACACACCUCUAUCACCAAUCAAAAAUGAAAUACACGCUGCCAGUAGAAGGUGUAGAGAAAACUCAGGAGAAAGCACAGCAUCAAGAUCUCGUGGGCGAGGAAGGAGAAAUACAUCAUCAUCACCUGCCCAACAUGUUCCUGAGCCAACUACCGAAAGAGUAUUUAUCUGGGAUCUUGACGAGACAAUUAUCAUAUUCCACUCUCUCCUAACUGGGACAUAUGCUACGAAGUACAAUAAGGACACACAGCAAAUAGUACAACUGGGAUUCAGAAUGGAGGAGAUGAUUUUCAGUCUAGCUGACACUCAUUUCUUCUUUAAUGAUGUUGAGGAUUGUGACCAGGAGCACAUAGACGCAGUGGCAGCAGACGAUAAUGGCCAGGACUUAUCUGCCUACAACUUCGCGUCCGACGGGUUUCACGCGGGGGCGGCACCUAAUGCUGGCUUAUGCGCCCCUGGUGUAAGAGGCGGAGUAGAUUGGAUGAGAAAGUUGGCGUUUCGAUACCGAAAAAUUAAGGAUACAUACAAUAAUUAUAGGAAUAGUGUGGGCGGCUUACUUGGACCGGCGAAACGUGAGCAAUGGCUACAAUUACGCGCAGAGCUGGAGCAGGGCACGGACAACUGGUUGACGUUGGCCUGCAAAUGUCUUAAUAUGAUCAAUUCUAGAGAAAAUUGCGUAAAUGUAUUGGUGACGACCACGCAACUGGUACCAGCGUUAGCCAAGGUGUUGCUGUUCGGUCUCGGAGGAGUGUUCCCAAUCGAAAAUAUAUAUUCCGCUACCAAAACAGGCAAGGAAACAUGCUUCGAGAAAAUCAAGCAGCGUUUUGGAGAGAGGUGUACCUAUGUCGUGAUAGGAGAUGGACAAGACGAAGAGGCUGCGGCUAAAGCUAAGAAUUAUCCGUUUUGGCGGAUAUCCGGACACUCGGACAUAGCGGCUCUAUACAACGCAUUGGAUAUGGGCUUCUUAUGA